AUGACCAAUCCAGACCAUUAUGACAAGAUCGUGUGUGCCGAAAUUCCAGACCCUGUAAAACAUAAGAAACUUUACGAUUUGGUCAUCAAACACAUGAUGCACGGUCCUUGCGGUAAACUGCGCCCAGACAAUCCUUGUAUGGAAGGUGAGCCACGAAAGUGUCGUUUUCAUUAUCCUAGGCAGUUUAAUGAGACGACUGUUCAAGGCGAUGACUCAUACCCAUUGUAUCGAAGAAGAAACAAAGGAUUGACUGUUGAAAAAUGUGACAAACCCUUGGACAAUAGAUGGGUGGUCCCCUAUAACCCAUACCUACUUACGAUGUUUAAUUGUCACAUGAAUGUUGAGGUUUGCUCGAGUAUCAAAUCUGUGAAGUAUGUUUUCAAGUAUAUUUACAAGGGCCAUGAUAAACAAGUUGUCCAUAUCCAUCCAGAAGAGAGUGAAGCAGUUAUCAACAAAAUACAAAGAUUUCAAGACGCCCGUUAUGUCUCGCCACCAGAGGCACUGUGGAGGAUAUUUGGCUUCCCACUUUCUGAAAUCAAACCUCUCAUCAUGGCUUUGCAAAUUCAUCUUCCAAAAAAGCAACAGAUUAGGUUCAGAGAAACCGAAGAUCCACGAGAUGUUGUUGAUAGAGAGAGACAUAACAAAACUAUGUUGACAGCCUUUUUUCAUUGGCAUGACGUAAACAGGAAUGCACCAAAGUUUUUGUAUAAAGAUUUUCCAAAACAUUUCACCUGGAACGGGAAUAGGUGGAAUCAUCGAAUACUAAAAAGGUCAAAGAGGGGACAAUUGGUUUCAGCUAAUCCUGCUGAAGGAGAGAGGUACUACCUACGCCUGCUUUUGUGUCAUGUUAGUGGCCCUACAUCCUUUGAUGAUCUGUACACAGCCAAUGGGUUAUUACACACGACAUUUCUAAAAUCGGUUCUCGAGAGAGGGUUGAUAGAAAGUGACAGUAAUCUUUUAGACGGUCUUGCAGAAGCCUCUUUAUUUCAAUUUCCUUGUGCCCUUAGGAGGCUAUUCGCAACUAUCUUGAUUUUUUAUGAGCCUGGAGAUGUGCGCAAGUCAUGGGACGACCACUAUGAAUCUUUUUAA